AGGCACCGAAUACUUCCGGUCAACAACACGAAUGUAAACGACAUGUGUUGAAUGGAUCCACGGAUUUCAUCCAGAAUUUUAAUCCUGUUAUGAUAUCUAAGGAUAUAUGAGCCCACACCACCAUGCAAGGCUACCAGCAAGGUCAAGGUCAGUGGCCAGGAGGUUUUGACGAACGAAUGUCUGUGAUCAAACAAAGGGGAAGGGCAGAUGAGAACCCCCCUGAUGGACGGUACAGCGAGAUGGAAACUGAUUCCCCCAGGAUGAGCAUAAUAACCCAUGCCUUGAAGUCCCUGCGAGACAAGCGUGGUGGUGGGAGGGGCAAACGGCCGGCACAGGGUUUGAGGGGAGAUUUUAGUGGAUUUCCUGAUGCCAAGACUUCACGUUAUGAGUCAGGAGGUCCACCAGAUGCCAUGGGUCAAGGUCAGAAUGAUGGCUGGAGUUGUGCCAAGUGUAACAGUAAGAACAGUGAAAGAAGUAACUAUUGCAUCCAUUGCUACUCAUCUCGGGAUGUUGGAGACCUGCCAUCUGAGGGUCAUCACCUACCUUCUGAGGGUAAUUCAAAGGUGGAUGAGAACAGUGCCAGAACGCUCUAUGUGUUUGACCUCCUUCUGACAACAACAACGUCUGAUCUGUUCAAGUACUUCAUCAAAUGGGGAGACAUGAUGAAGUUCCAUGUAUUUAUUGGCGAGGAUGGAAAUUCUACAGGCUCUGGCAUCGUACAGUACAUCCGCUGGCAGCACGCUCAGGCCGCACUCGCUGCUGGUCCACACUUCAUCAUGAAGAAACAGAUUAUUGUCUCGGACAAAAAGGAUGCAGAUCCAAGGAAAAGCGGACAGGUUAUGGACAUCUUACAGAAGCACAAACUGUAUGUGUCCAACAUACCUACUGAUGUGACUCAGACGGAACUGUUUGAGUACUUCUCCCAGUGGGGAAACAUAUUCUCCUGCGAUAUCGUAGAAAGCAACAAGGGAGACAAUAACUUUGGCUUUGUGUCCUACACCGAUGAAGAAGAUGCUCUGAAAUGUCUGAAGGCGACCCACAAUUUCCGAGACAAGAGGAUGUAUGUACGCGUUUCGGACAAGAGCAAAUCUAUGAGUGAAGCUGUACAAGAUCCAAAGAAAAUAUCAGCUGCGGUAUCAUCUCUAAAGUCCUUAGGGAAGAACAAGCUGUUUGUGUCCAACAUACCUACUGGCGUGACUUCUGACGAACUGUUUGAGCACUUCUCGAUGUGGGGAAAAGUUGAUGCAUGCAGCUUAGGAGGACAUAUUGGGCCAAACAACAACUAUGGAUUUGUUUCCUACAACAAUGACGAUGAUGCUCUGAAAUGUCUGAAUGUGCCCCACACACUGCAAAAGAGGAGGCUGUUUGUACGCGAGUCAGACCAAGGCAAAAAUUUAACAAAAGCUGCAACAGAUCCAAAGAAAGUUCAAGAGAAAAAUGAGAAAUGUCAACUUUUUGUAACCAAUGUGCCUGUCGGGACCACCCUAGAGGAGGUGUACGACCACUUUGUGAAUUGGGGAGACCUGGCUAACUACAUACUCAGACCAACUCUCACAAAUAAGCUGAUUGCGUUUGUAACCUAUGUGAACGAAGCGGAUGCUUUGCGAUGCUUGGAUGCUGUUCACAUACUGAAUGGCGGUCAAUUGUUUGUGCGUUUGUCCAACGUGAGUAAAGGGAUGCAGGAACCACUAAGAGCUUCCGACUCGCGUAAAUCUGACGUCACCCAGGAUGCUCCUGCUAGACCUGCCACAUCUCCCCAGGAUGCUCCUGCUAGACCUGCAAGAUCUCCCUGGGAUGCUCAUGUUAGACCUGCAAGAUCUCCCUGGGAUGCUCCUGCUGUACCUGCAAGAUCUCCCCAAGAUGCUCCUGCUAUGCCUGCAAGAUAUCCCCAAGAUGCUGCUGCUAUACCUGCAAGAUCUCCGCAAGAUGCUCCUGCUGUACCUGCAAGAUCUCCCCAAGAUGCUCCUGCUAGACCUGCAAGAUCUCCGUGGGAUGCUCCUGCUAUACCUGCAAGAUCUCCGUGGGAUGCUCCUGCUAGACCUGCAAGAUCUCCCCAAGAUGCUCCUGCUAGACCUGCAAGAUCUGCCCAAGAUGCUCCUGCUGUACCUGCAAGAUCUCCGUGGGAUGCUCCUGCUAGACCUGCAAGAUCUCCCCAAGAUGCUCCUGCUAUACCUGCAAGAUCUGCCCAAGAUGCUCCUGCUAGACCUGCAAGAUCUCCCCAAGAUGCUCCUGCUAGACCUGCAAGAUCUCCGUGGGAUGCUCCUGCUGUACCUGCAAGAUCUCCGUGGGAUGCUCCUGCUAGACCUGCAAGAUCUCCGUGGGAUGCUCCUGCUGUACCUGCAAGAUCUCCGUGGGAUGCUCCUGCUAGACCUGCAAGAUCUGCCAGACCCGCCAGUCCUGUUCCCCCAAUCGCUGACCCCCCAACUCGGAAGCUGAGUAUAUCAGGGUUGACAACACGGACUUCCAAUGAUCACCUGCUGUACUACUUUUCCCAAUGGGGUAGUAUCGAGGACUACGAGCUGGAGAAGGAUACAACAGGGAGACCAACCGGUUGUGCAUUUGUUGUAUUUGAAAGACAAUGUGAUGCAGAGACAGCAGUAUCAACCAAGCCACAUAUUAUUGAUAGGAAGGAGAUCACAGUCACCUACACCAAGCCUUCCAAGAAACAGCCAUCCGAAACUUUUCCAUCUUGGAGGGAAGAAGGACACAGUGAAACUGUCCAUCGACCAAGAUUACCUGAAACGGUCAAAUUGCAGAGAUUACAUGAAGUUGACCAUCCAAAAUAUGCUUUGGAGAAACAAAGGUUGCCUGAAGAUGUCGGAUCACAAAGUUUGCCUGAAAAUUUCCAGUCACGAAGGUUGCCUGAAGAUUUCCAGUCACGAUUGAUACCAGAAGACGUCCAGUCACGAAGGAUGCCUGAAACUGUCAAAUCACAAAGAUUGCCUGGAGUUUACCAUCCAGAAGACGCUAUGGAGCCACAAAGGUUGCAGGAAGAUAGUGCUGAGUCACGAAGGUUGCCUGAAGAUUUACAGCCACAAAGGUUUCCUGAAGUGUUUCAGCCAAGGAUGUUGCCUAUAAGGCAGUCAACGUCAGAAAGUUUAAUUCCAGGUUUGAAACAGGCAGAGGUUGUUCCAGACUCACUACCACCACCACAAACAUUAGGAACUGAAUACAACUGCAAUGUUUCUGGAUGUUUCUAUAGAGGAACAUCAUUGCAGUUUGAGCGUCACUGGACAGAGCGACAUGAAGCAAAGGUUAUCUAUCUCAUCUGUUCAUUUUGUACUAUGGGAUGUGUGGACGCAGAUGAUCUUUGUGAACACCUGGAUUUCUUUCACGGGGUCGAGGACAAGAUAGAACUUUCAAAAUUCCUACAAGAGGCCAAACGAGAAGAGAGAGAUAACAUUCACUAUGUCAUGCCAGGCAGUGUCACAAAGGAAAGCUGUAUGAGAGUUGCAAAGCCAGCUCGACAUGAACCAACCAGAUUAAAACCUCCACCCCAACAAACGACAGAUGCUAGAGAUGUCCAAAAGUGCACAGAAUGCACGUUUACUGGCACUAUGGAUGAGUACUUUAACCACUGGAACAUAAACCAUGUUUCUGAACUCAUUUACCAAACGUGUCCAAUAUGCCCCAAAACAUUCAUGAAUAAAGAAUCUCUUGAGCUUCACAUCAAACAUGUGCAUCAGAACAUAAAGAUCUAUAUGGAAAAAGAACCAGAUGAUCUUGAGGCUGACUUUGAUGAGUAUCAGAACUUUAAUCUCAGAAGUAGUCAGCAGGAAACUGGUUAUCAUAAAUUUCAAAGAGAAGAAGUACACAGAUCCCAGACACACAUACAAACAAUUUUAGGAAUGAGUUCAGGAAUGAGUUCAAGAAGUAGUCAAACUGGAAACCUGUCUACACAGACAAAGUCCACAGCUUCAUCCAGUGCACCAUUGCAGUCUGGCCAUAAUGUGCCAAGGCCCAACUUGGUACCCAGAUUGCCAACCCAGCAGCCUGUUCCCAGACUUGAUCCUCCACCUCUGGCAACCCAUGUGCCACUUCCUCCACUACAGCAUAUUCAGUCUCAACCAACAAUUGUCAGUGGUCCACAAUUGCCAUACAGACACCUAGUCCCACCUACAAAUACACCCUCCCAACCAGCAGUGACUUUACAUGGGCUAGUAUCAUCCUUCAAUCUCUCCACAUCAUCUAUUCCCAAACCUGUGCCACCUCCUCCCUUCUAUCCUUCCACAGCAUCUGUUCCCAAACCUGUGCCACCUCCUCCCAUCUAUCCCUCCACAGCAUCUGUUCCCAAACUUGUGCCACCUCCUUUAAGACCUUCAGUCCCUUUGGUCUCUUCUUCCCAGCCUGCUGUAGCAAGUCAGUUAUAUCCACCAGCAUAUCCUCAGCCAUCUGAUUCUGGGAUUCCCAAUACCUAUGAUACAGAAACAGCGGUAGUUGCUUCAAGACCUGUUGUAGGUGCUCAACCACACAUAGUUUCUCCUGUAAGCUAUUCUCAAGCUUCAUUUCAACCCCAAGUAAGUGCGCAAUCACAUCAAUCUCCAAUAAUGGCUCCAACACAAUCCCAAUUUGGUGCUACUGUAGCUUCUUCAGUUGGUCCACAAACUUUUCCUCAAGCAGGUGAUCCACCACAACUCCCAGUGACUGGGCAAGUAAUCAGUCAAUCUCUGCAACAUGGAAGUGCACUUCAACCUGUCCAACCACAAAUGUCUCAGCCAGAGGUACUAAUGAAACAACCACCCGUUGAUUCCCAGUCAGUAACAAUGCCAAGUGCAGAUCCUAGUACCACUCCUCCACUGGAUCCUCUGGAUUUAAUCAUUAUUUACAAGGGCUUCCAAAAAACUCAGGAAACGGCAGCAGAAGAUGUACAGGAAAAGGCAACAGAAGACAUACAGGAAGAGGCCUCAAAACAGGAACAAUCCGAGAGUGAACCAGAGAAGGUAAUUGACACAAAAGUAUUUGAUGAACUGAAAAAAUCAGUCCAGCCUGGUUCUGUUCUUGCUCUGAGACCAGAUUGGACAAAGACAUUGAAAGUUACACGCCCAAAAACAACACCUCUGGAUAAAACUAAUUCUGUGAAAGAGAAUAGAUUCACACCCCCAAGUAAAGUAAUUCCAAAGUUUGAUAGAACGGACUCAGAUAAUGUCCGAAAGUUCUUACUUUGGAGUCAUAUAAUGAUGAAAAGAUUAGAGGAUGCUAAUAUUAAAGCGAGAAGAAGGCUUGAAUCAGAAGGUGAUGGUGAUGGUGAUGAUGAUGAUGAUGAUGAUGAUGGUGAUGUUGAAGAGCCUAAGGAAAUCUUUGAGUGGUCUUCAGAUGAAGAGACAAAUGGUAGAAAUGUAAAUACGAAAGUUAAAGCAACAUUAAGUCAAUCACAUGAGAAUAUGAAAGCAAGAGCACAUACUAUUGCUCAGAAAGUGGUCAAAGACUAUAGAAAUCAGCAAUUAGAGGGGAAAACUACAAAAACAAAAGGACAGUCUAAGAAAGGGAAGGGUAAACUAGGGUCGGUUGACAAUAAGGUCUUAGGUAAGUUGCUUCAGAAGUCCAUUGGUAUGGUUAAAUAUCAGUCUAAGAGUUCUAAUGUAAAUGCAGAUUUAAUUAAAAAAGGUAUGUCAUGGGCUAAACAAAAGAUUAUAUAUUUGCUGAAACACGAUGAGAAGAUGAUACCUACUGACAUUGAUGAAGAAAGUAGAGAAACAGAUUUUCAGCAAAGGACAAAUAACCGUAGUCAGUCAAGGGAAGGCCUCCAUCAAAGGACAGAUAACCGUGGUCGUUCAAGGGAAGACCACCAGCAAAGGACAGAUAACCGUGGUCGUUCAAGGGAAGACCACCAGCAAAGGACAGAUAACCGUGGUCGUUCAAGGGAAGACCACCAGCAAAGGACAGAUAACCGUGGUCGGUCAAGGGAAGACCACCAGCAAAGGACAGAUAACCGUGGUCGGUCAAGGGAAGACCACCAGCAAAGGACAGAUAACCGUGGUCGGUCAAGUGAGGGUGCUGAGCAAAGGACAGAUAAUCAUGGUCAGUCAACACAAGAAUUUCAGAACAGGAGAGAUUGGAAUGCGGAAGAUGUGGAAGUGUACGUGGAUGAAUUUGGGAAUGAAGAUGAAGAAUAUGCUCUGGCCUAUGUGGAUGAAGAUGGAGUUCAUGUGAUGGAUGAUAGUUUUAUGAUGGGAGAGGGAGGUCCUGUUAAAAAGGGAGAGAGAAUGGAUGACAUUGAUGACGUGUAUCAUGGAAUUGACCAAGGGUCAAGGAGUGACAGGAUAAGGGGAGAGCCAAGAAGUCAUGUUCAGAGAGGCUAUGGAGGAGGAGAAACAAGAAGUGGUCACAGAAAUCUUGAUGAAAGAGACAUGCAGAUUUAUGACAGAGGUCAAGAGGAGUACAUUGAGGAUAGAUUUUCUGAGGAAGAGUAUUUGGAAUAUGGAGGAGAUGACAGAAUUAGUUUCAGUAGUAGCAGUCACAGCAUGAGAAGGAAUGAGGAUAGAAGGUCACAAAGGUUUGAGGAUCAAAUACCCAGAGACUCUGUCUUGGAUGAAAGACAUUUUAGCCCUCCGUGAAGCAGGUUUAGUGAGGGACGGGAAGAUGAAUAUGAAGUCUUUGGACAUGGUAGCCUCGGUGAGUUUGACAUGGAUGACUUUGUUGUCAUGGAUGCAGUGUGAAUUGGAAACUUUGUUGAUAAUCAUUAUGAAGCUACAUGCUUUUGAAAGGAACAGAUAUCUUUAGCCCUUCCC